AUGUUCCCCAAGUCCCUGGCACCCCAAUUACGCGGAUUUACCCUCGGCCUGCUUGCAGUGCUGAGCGUAUGCCUCGUCCUGAACUUGGGCGCCCUCCUCUUCUCUUUGCGCAUCCUCACACGGGGUUCGCGGGAAUACACCUACCUCACCGGAGACCGACCUCGCGAGCUCCCCCUAAAAGUUCGCACUAUCCAAGCCGCGUUCCACGACGACCCCUCCCACUACGGGAUGGAGGGCAUCACUGCCACGGCUGAAUGGAACGAAAUUCGCCCUCCAGGCAGGGGUUACGUUUUCCUGGGUGAGGAGCACUUCGCGUUUGGUGUUUCAAUGUGGCAUCAGAUGCACUGCCUUAACCACAUACGCGCGGUGCUUGUCUACGGGGACGAUGGGUCCGACCAUACGGCACACUGCUUCCAUUAUUUACGACAGGGUAUUCUCUGCGCCGCCGAUACAACCCUAGAGUCGGGCGGCACGAUGAAGAAAUUGGCUAAUGGGAAUACAGUCGCUACUGGCGAUGGAACUGUGCAUACCUGCCGGGACUGGAGACAAGUGUAUGAUUGGCUGGAAAACGAUCACAGGACGUGGACACCGGACAAGUAUGAGAGGGUUGAGGAGGCUAGUUGA